AUGUCUAAUACAGGCUCGCAAUCCUCUGGCGCUGGAAAUGCACGCGGACGUGGCCUUGGAGAUUGCCGUGGUGGUGUUGCUGGGAUAGUGGGUGGAAGAGUAAACCCUGGGGUUGGUGGUAGAGGAAACCAUGUGGGAGCUGGACUAGGAAUUCAAGGCAUGGGGAGAGCUCACCCUCUGGUUGCUGGACGAGGAAACCCUGUGGUUGCUGGGCAAGGAAACGAAGGUGUGGGGAGAGCUAACCAUGUGCUUCCUGCUUGUGGAGAGGAAAUUGUUGGAGGUGAAGAAAACGGUGGAGCUGGUGGUGUAGGAAACAUUGGGGUAGUGGGGAGAGGAAAUGGUCUUGUUGGAGGUGAAGAAAAUGGUGUAGCUGGUGGUGUAGGAAACAUUGGGGCAGUAGGGAGAGGAAACAGUUUUGUUAGUGGUCAAGUAAACGGUGUAGCUGCUGGUCAAGUUAACGGUGUAGCUGGUGGAAGAGGAAACAGUGUAGCUGCUUGUAAUGCCCGCGAACCAAAAUUGUGA